AAAGAAUUCAAACGCUGAUCUGUUUUCUGUGAUUUUUAUUAGAGAGAGAGAGAGAGAGAGAGAGGGAGGGCGGUUUAUUUACAAUAACAUAAUUUUAAAAAGCGUUAAAAAAUCACAACUGAAAUUAAUUCUCAUUCUGCAGUGAUUGAUUUCUUGCAAUGGAAAUUCAGGCCACUCGGUUUCAAGGAAAAUCUCAGCCCUCGAAGGCGAAAACUAACCCAAAAGCAAUCCAAGCACCGAAACAAAACACCAAAGAACAACCCAUUCACAGGCAAAGGCGCGUCUUUGGCGCCACUCGAAACCCUAAUGUUCCCCCAAAGACAGUGGCCGAGAAGCCCGAUUUCAAAAAACCUUCAAUCCAAGUCUCCCGAAAACAACCCAAUCUAACCCAAACCUCUCUUAACACCAAAUCCCCUGAAAAAAACAGAGCAAUGCUGAAGAAGAAAGAGAAGAGUGUGUGUUUUCAAGAACAAAUUGGGAAAAUUGCGGCUGUAGGUGUGGCGGAGGGAGGUGUUUCGAGUCCUCGGACUCCGAUGGCGGGUUUGGCUCCGGUGGCUAAGGGUGGAGUUUCCAGUACACCGUACCGGAGUGCAGAGAGGUGUAGCAAGUGUAGGUUUGAUAGGAUGGAGAGUUCGGCUUACUGGAUUAGUCAGAUCAGAUUGGCCGAGUCGGUUGGGAGACAUUUUGUUUCGGCUGCUUUCUUUAGGCUUGUUCUUGAAUCAAAGGCAGAGCCAAUUAGCAGCCUUGGCAUUGAGCUGAAGAGGUACAUGGCAGGGCAUGAGAGCUUAUCCACAGAGACCGAGUGGCUUCAUGUCUCUGUUAGCUAUGGUUUGAUUCUGCACCCUGAAGAUGAUGCUAAUGGUGGUACCACUCUUGAAGAUCAACCACAUAUUCACUUGAAGGAACAAUCGACCGAGCAAUGUGAAAUUUAAACAAACAACACAUUUGUGAGAAUGUGGUUCAGAAAUUAAACCUUUUGCAAAGUAUUACAAUGUGAAAUGCUUUUGUGGCGUCUUUGAUAGUGAUGCAGUGUAGAUUGACAGUUUUUUUGAUCAAUGUACAUUGACAGAAAGUUAAUUGGUUAGAGAAGUUUGACUAUUUGAUGGCAA